AUUUUUCAUUUCUAAUUUAUUGAUCAUAGACGCUCGAGCUCUUAUAAAGUGCUCAAUCAGAGCAGGUAGAGCUCGAAGCCUUUCUAACCAAAGAAGCUUUCAAUGCGUUCAAGGAUGGCUGGCAUCACCGAAGCUCCAGGCGAGACGCACCAGAUAUCCGAAACCACUCACAAAGCAGAAGAACCCGAAUCGGACUUCGAUCCCAAAACCAUGCGAAAUUCCAAACCCGGAAUCAAGCGCCUUAUUCUCACCCUCUCAGUCCUCUUCUCAUUCCUCCUAGGGUUCCCAUUCCUAUGGAAAUCAGUGGAAAUCUAUCGUGCUCCGCUCCCAUUCCGUGAAAUCGAUAUGCUCUCUGCCCGAAUCGAAUCGAACCCCUUGUUGUUCCCAUGCCAUUUUCAAGCAAUCUUCGUAGGUUUCGAUUCCAAACCGUCCAUGACCCCAGACGCCCUAGGAUCUUCCAUUCUCAGUCAAAUGACCAAAUUGACCUCCAAGCCCCCACAAUGCGGCACUUGCAGCACAAACUUCUCUAUUGCUGUGACUGUAGAUUCUAGUUCGGGUUGUAUACAGACUCGAAAUCUUGAAUAUACGUCUUCAUGGAGGUGUGGCUUGAUGGGGACCAUUGAUUUCAGUGAUGAUGAGGGUGUUGAUAAGGCUUUGGCGGAUUCGUUGGGUGGGAAGGUCUAUAGUGUGGUGGUGGUGAAUGGGGAUAGGGAGGAGGUGAGGGCUGUAGUUGGGAAGUAUAGGCAUGCUUGGGUUGUUGGGAGGGUUUCGGAGGCUGAAGCAGUGGCGAGGGCGGCAGAAAUUUUUGUUAAGGUGUUUAUGAAUGGUGGGAAGGAGGAAGGCUUAAUUCAUGGGGAGUUUAUGCCUGUGGGGGCUGAUGGGAAAAUCGUGCUUUCGUUUAAUCUGCUUAAUUCGGAUCCUCAAGAUUGGGUCUAUGAUUGGGAUUUCCAAUCAAUAGAUGAGACCUUACUGGCCCCUGUAAUUGAGGCUCUGGAGUCUGUAGCAAACAUAAGUGUGGAAAGUCAGGUUUUAUACCAUACACCUAAGUCUUCAUUUUCUCAUUGGGAUGAUGAGCAGGAGAGCUACAUCUUUAGUGCCAAGGACCUUCCUUUUUUUGUGAAUUCAAAUGAGUGGCACUUGGAUACUUCUAUUGCAGCAGGCGGGAGGUCAAAGAUUUUGCAAUUUGUGGUCUAUAUACCAUCUGCAAGGGAAUGUCCUCUUUUACUACAACUUCCAAAUGGAGAGAUUUCUAAGACGAAUGGGUUCAUCUCUCCAAUGUGGGGAGGUGUUCUUGUUUGGAAUCCCAAGGACUGUCUGAAGGACUCAGAAAGCCAGCAUCCUCUCUGGCGCACAAUUUCCCAGCAGGAUCUUCAGGAGGUUUUUGAAGUUGUAAUGGGGCAGUUCCGGCAACUUUUUGGUCUUAAAUCUAACCAUGUUUAUGUUGGUGCAUCAGGCACAUCCUCUCUUUUAGCUAGUGAAAGAGGCUUCACAGAAUGGGAAUUGGAUGUCUUGUCUCGGCAGCAUACAUGUUUCAAUCUUCAUUCAUGUGCUACAACUCUUGGAUCUCUUUCCAGAUUGGUUCAAUCAUUGCCUAGGAUGAUUAUAAUGGAUGAGAUUGGUAAACAGGUAAUGUAUUCCCUUGAGGCUGCAAACUUGGCUCGAAGUAAUGCCUCCCUUGGACUUUAUGAUGCUUCAGCUGUGUCAUCUAGGCAAGCAAGAUCUCUGGCAGAGGAUGCCUUUUUUCACCCAUCAAUUAUGUCUGUCAGCUACUACUCAUUUGAACAUUGUUUUGCUGUCUAUUCGCCUUUCUUUCUGCCAGUUUCGAUGCAUGUCCUCUUAGCAGCAUUAAGAGAAUGGAGGAGAUACAAGCAAGAAAAUAAGAAGUAUUUGGCAUGGAAGACCAAAGUGAAAAAAGAUUCUUAAUCAUUUCCCUGAACCUGAGUUGACACGUAGGAAGGCUCCAAUUACAGCCAAGAUUGCACGGCCGAGACACUGCAGCAAUUCGGCUAGUGUAACAAUCAUAGAUGGAGCCAGGUGGUGGAUUGUAUUUUCUAUUUGCCUUUAAACUCGGGUUUGGUUGUGAUUCCCUUCGGACAAGCAAAGCUCAUCAUACACAAAUCAAUACCAUUGGUUUUUCUUUAGUUGUAAAGAAUUGUAGACAGCGUGACGUCCAAGAUUUUUUUCCAGAGGCAUUGUUUCUUACUUUUUUUUUUAAAUAAAAACCUUUUGGGAUUA